AUGGGUGAUGGUGGUCCACGCUGCAUAAAAGAGUCUAUAGUCCGCGGUAUCUCCAAACAGCUGCAACGUGAUGGACUAAACGGAACGAAUAUCGGCCAUACUGAUGCUAAUUUAAAGCAAUAUAUUUAUAAUGGUAAUCCAGAUAUAGAUGAACUGCCGUACAAGAGCCCUAUCCAACGUCAAGAUCCCACCGAGAGUGAAGAAUCUGAAUAUCACGAUACGAAUGAUGAAGAAAUAAACUUAAACGGUAAUAUACGUGAUCAAUAUAUGCCUAUAAACUUUGGAAGCGCUUACCACCGAGAUACUGACGAGGAAGAAUACACAAGUGAACCCAUAGUUGAAAACAACUCUGAUAUUGAAGAAGCGUACGCCAGUGAACAUAUCACAGAAGGCAGUUCGGAGAUCGAGGAGGACUCUAACCGUGGAACAGUCAAGGCAGAAAGUUCUGAAAUUGACGAAGAAGAUAAAAGUGAGGAUAUCACAGACGAUAGUUCUGAAAUCGAGGUGGAUUAUAACCAUAAAAAGGCUGUGGUAGAAACUUCUGAAUUAGAGGAAGAAGAAGAAGAUAAAAGUGAAGAUAUAACAGACGAUAGUUCUGAAUUAGAGGACGAAGAGGAUAAAAGUGAAGAUAUAACAGACGAGAGUUCUGAAAUUGUGGAGAGUAGUACAAGUGAAGUCAAUACCGAAGACGAUUUAAAUCAAAGAUACAAACGGUAUUUCGGUAUCCAAAAUAGACGAAACGAACAAAAGGAACUCGCAAACAUAUCUGUAUCAUCAAAGUCAAGCGAUAGCGACGCAGACGAACCUAUUGACAAUAGUGCAACUGUCCUGAGAUCCAGAAUAUUGCAAAACGAAAUAACUAUUCUUAGGGGAGAAAAACAAGAUUGGGUUGAAAGGGAACGAGAGCUAUUACAGAGAAUCCAACAAGCACAAGACGAAUUAAAAGAACAAAGGAAUACGGUGAUAGAUGCACAAAGUCGAGUAAAUCACUUGGAACAAGAACUCGAAUUAGUAACCUGUCGUUCUAAGAUUAGGCAGCAAUCCUUGGAGCACAGUUAUCGCACUCUCUGCGAAAACGUACGACUAACCGAGGAAGCAUCACUAAAAGCUAGACUCGAUUUUAGGAGACUGCAGACGCGUAAUAUGCUACUAGAGGAACUUAUACAGACGAGAACAAUGGCGUACGAACAGUUAGAGAAUAAGUUGGCACAAAUGGUACAACCACAUGUUGAUGCAGCAUGCGAAGUAGCAAAUGAUAUCACGAAAGAAAAGGGUGGUGAUGACAACCAAACGGUAGGCACGUACUCCACUACAACAGCUGAUAGCACGAAUUGUCGUGUUUCAGCAAAUGAGGGCACACAGGCAUCAUCAGGAUACUCUGUAUCUGAUCCUGCCGACAAUUCAAACUUGCAUUCUACAGAGGUGAAAAAUGCAUCAGAUGAUCGUGUGGUACCACAAACCCCGGGCAGCGCAGAUGAUGGAACGUCACCGGACUCGUUUAAUCAACUCCAGCGUCUCAUGACAACUCACAUUGCACAGAUGAUAUCGUGCAGUAAAGAAACCGAACGACAGAUGCGCGAAGUAGUAGAUGUACAUGUAGGAGAACUUAAGGAUAUGCUACAACAAACUAGAUCUGAACUAGCCUAUAAAACGGAGGAAUGCAAUGUACUCACAAGAUCACUGGAAACAAUCCGAGCCGAAUUGGAAUUCACAAAAAACAAUCUGUCACAAAAUCUAGAAUUGCAAGCUUCUUUAAAAGACAAAUAUCAGUCUAAGUUGUUGCAAUUCGAUGAACUGCAGAAAGAGGUGGAAAGGGUAAGUGCCCAGUUAGAAGAGGCAAAGCGGGAAUUGGACUCUUUUAUAUUACGUGAGCGUAAAAAUAAAAUCGCAUUUGACGAUUAUGUGAGAGAUACGGAUAUUAAGCUUCAUAAAAUGGAACUUAUGUAUUCAACAAAAGGCAAAAUGGGAACAAAUGAGGGAGCUGUAAAAUCGGUAUCCACAACGGUCGCCCCAACGAAACAAAAUUCAACUGUAUCCGGUAGCAGCACCACUGUAUCAACUUCGUCGAAGCCUGCUGCUGAUACCGGCAAACCGCAAGAUAAAUCUGGAGAAACUGUAAAUCCACUUGUCCAAAAGGUGCAUCUACUUACCGAAAAGCUUAAGGAACAGGUUGUUCGUGCAUACACCUACGAACAGAAGGUAAAAGAGCUGGAGGCACGACUAAAACGUCUGUGUGGCUGCCGCAAAGCUCUACAACGCGUCAAUGCCACCAAACUAAGACGUUGUUGGUGCCGCUACAAAUGUUUAAAGGAGCUUAAACAGCGUGUAAUCAAGGCUUCGAUAAAGCAAGAUGCACAUACCAUCAAGGCGGUGUUGACCGGAUCGCUUUGUAAUAAAAGGCGCAAGAUCGAGGGACGAGAGACACAAUCGCAAGAGUAG